AUGGUUCUCGAAGCGACUAUGCUAGUGUUGGAUAACUCUGAAUGGAUGCGUAACGGCGAUUAUACUCCCACUCGUCUAGAGGCGCAAAAAGAUGCGGUUAAUCUCAUAUUCGGUUCGAAAACUCAAUCCAAUCCAGAAAAUACUGUUGGGUUGUUGACUAUGGCCGGUAAAGGUCCAGAAGUACUUGUCACCUUAACUUCAGAUAUUGGUAAAAUUCUCACUGCAUUGCAUAACACUAAAAUUGGCGGUCGAGCUUCUCUUACCACCGGUAUUCAAAUUGCACAGAAUAAGAAUCAGCGACAACGUAUCAUAGUAUUUGUUGGUAGUCCAAUUGAAGUUGAUGAAAAAACUUUAGUAAAAUUAGGUAAAAAGAUGAAAAAAAAUAAUGUUGCAGUAGAUAUUAUUAACUUUGGAGAAGAAGUCGAAAAUACUGCAAAAUUAGAAGCAUUCGUAUCAGCAGUUAAUAGUGGUGAUAACAGUCAUCUUAUAACAAUUCCUCCUGGUCCGCAUAUUCUUAGCGACAUUUUAAUAUCAUCUCCAAUAAUAGCAGGGGAAGACGGGGUGCCUUCUGGAUAUGCAGCUGGAGGGAGCAACUUUGAAUUUGGUGUCGACCCUAAUCUUGAACCUGAAUUGGCGAUGGCACUACGUAUGUCACUUGCUGAAGAAAGGGCUCGACAAGAAGCCGAAGCGGCCAAGAAUAGUGGUGUAACUAUUACUAAUCAUGAAACAGAAUCAUCAACAAUGGCUGUCGACCAGACAAUAGGUGAUGGUAAUGGAAAUUUAGCAAAUAAAAGUGAAGAUGAAUUAUUAUCUCAAGCUCUAGCGGUUUCCAUGGGAGCUGAACAUAUGGAAGAGCUUACUGAAGAUGAACAGAUCGCUCGUGCCAUUGAAAUGUCAAUGCAAGGUGAAAGUGAAAAUUCGAAUGUAUCAAACGAAUAUAUGAGUUCAGUACUUCAAUCCUUACCAGGUGUAGAUACGCAAGAUCCAAGAAUUCAAAAAUAG